AUGUCGGUGCCCCCACUUGUAGUACAAGACCAUCAAGCUGCUGACCGAACCAUUGCUUUCACAAAGGAAUUUAAGAAGAUGAAACUGCCAUCGUUCAAAGGAAGGAUUGAUCUACUAAAAGCGAAGGCGUGGGUGCUUGGUAUUAAAAAAUUAUUUGAAGCUCAAUUCUUGGAGAUCUUCUAUGAGAAGCACUUCCCACAGAGUAUCCAGGACAGGAAGGUGUUGGAGCUUGAAAACUUGAAGCAAGAAAACAAAGCUGUAGUGGAGUAUGAGGCGCAAUUUACUGAACUAGCCCGUUUCACACCAUAUAUGGUCGAUACGGACUACAAGAAAGUAGGAAAAUUUGAGGUAGGUCUCCGAGACUCCAUUCUUGAAAAGAUUAAUGUAUUGCAGGUACAGAAAUAUGUUGAUGUAUUAAAUAAGGCCAUCAUAGUGAAAGGUAACCAAGCCAGCCACAACCGGUACUUGGAUUGGAAAAGCAAAAGGCAGGGUUCCAAUAUGCACAAAGGGUUGACGUCCUUGCAAAAUAAGAAGCAAAAUUUGGGAAGUUCCAACACUGCAGGGUCUAACCGUGAUUCACCACCAACUUGCCCAGAGUAUGGGAAGAAGCAUUGA